AUGUCUUCGCCACCAUCAACACCGGAUUCGAAGGACCCAAGCUCUGAGGAGAGCUUCAGGUUUCAUCAAACCGGCACCCCGUGCGAAUGGGCCGAGUCUUAUCACCCUGGAGGGUUUCAUCCGGCUCAUUUUGGCGAUGUCUUCUGUAACCGCUAUGAGGUUAUUCGGAAGCUCGGAAAUGGUUCGUUUGGCACGGUAUGGCUGGCAUUUGAUUCGUCAUGUGAACGCUACGUUGCCUUGAAGAUCGAAGUAGCCAAAAGAAAAGAGCCAAAUGAAGUGAAGAUGCAACGACUCCUUGCCGAAAAGGCACCAGAAAAUCAAUGGUCGGAGUUUGUCGUAGGUCUUUUGGACUCCUUCUAUCAUCAAGGCCCGAACGGCAAUCAUCUUUGUCUUGUACUCGAGCCCAUGGGUCCAAGCCUCUCCGCGGUUCUCAACGCCCCCGCCGAAAUUUAUGAUCCCCGGAACCCUCCUGUACGACGCUUUGCAAAGGACAACAUCAAACGCAUCUUAGGACACGUUCUUUCUGGCCUACUAUUUCUACACGACAACGGCGUCGUUCACGGUGACCUUCAAUGCGGUAACAUUCUCUUCGCUUUGGAGGACCUCGCUCGUUUUGAUCGCCAGGUGCUUAGGCAAGCCGAAGAUACUUCCAAUAUCGACAUCUUGCGACGCAUUGAUGGCAAGCUCGACAAAUGGGCUCCCAAGUAUCUGGCUGUGGCUGAGCCCAUGUCAGAUUACGCGCUCUCAGGACAAGGUGAAUUGACGAAGCUUUCGGACCUAGGCGGAGCUUUCUGCAUCGAUGAUCCGCCGCUCUCGGUGGUGACUCCAGUAUCCCUCCGAGCCCCGGAGGCAAUUCUGAACGAAGCUCUCGGCACUGGCAUCGACAUGUGGAGUUUUGGUUGUCUCGUCUACGAGCUUUUCACAGGCACUGCGCUGUUCCAGCUCCCUCCCUUCGGUCUUAGCGACAAUAGAAUAAAGGAUGAGCAUCUAAUUCAGCUAACAGACAUCAUCGGACCGCUACCAGAAACCCUGUCAGCAAAAUGGCCCAAUUUAACAAAAUAUUAUGGCUCGAAUGGAGAAAGGCUUGAUGCGCGCCCCAUGGACUUCGAGGAAGAAUUUUCUAACGACGGGAACUCUCACCACACUCUGUCAGAUGCUGAACCGAAUGAGUUUGAUGAUGAUAUGGAUGCUUUUGAAUCUGAAGUAAGCGAGCGCGGACCGCCGCAAGUUUAUGAGUCUCUGGAAGAGCUCAUCAGAGCCCACAAGGCAAAUGAUAUGGAUGAUGAAGAGGAAAAGCAGAUCGUUUCACUACUCAGAUCUGUUUUUCAGUACGAUCCUUCACAUCGCCCCUUCGCCGCAGCGUUGCUUGAGGAUCCUUGGCUGGCUACUUGA